AUCUCUCCGGAGAUCAGAUCUGUUCGUAUGUCCUCUGUUUCAGCCAUCAUCAGGGGAAUUCUUCGGUGAAAGUGGCUUGCUCUCUAUCAGAGAGUAUCGAUCCAGAGAAAUCGGAUUCAAGAUCUGCGAAACUUCGAGCUGUGCAGUGCCAAUCUUCACCGGCUUUUCUAGGUCCUCGUGUGGUAAACUACUUGAUUUUGAUCCAGAAAUUGAAAGGACCUUCAGAGCUUUGAGGAUUCAAGAGAACAUUUCAGAGGACUCAGGAAGUUCUUUAUCAUCUUCAGAUACCCCUAUGGCUGAUCAUAGCAGAACAAUGAAGGAGCUUGCAGCUCCUGAUGAGGCUUUCAAAUAUUCUUGCAUUACAUAUCCAGAUUUGGCAGGAGACUUCGAGCUUAGAUCUGGAUUGAUUCAUUUGCUGCCCAAAUAUCAAGGAUUAUCUGGAGAAGACCCAAAUAGACAUUUGCAUGAAUUCCAUGUGGUAUGUUCAACCAUGAAGCCACAAGGAAUCUCAGAAGAAGAUAUCAAGCUGAGGGCUUUUCCAUUUUCAUUGACUGGAGUAGCAAAAGAUUGGCUGUAUUAUUUGCCACCAGGAUACAUUACUUCUUGGAUUGAUAUGAAGAAGGCUUUCUUGGAGAAAUUCUUUCCAGCUUCAAGGACUGCAAUUAUCAGGAAAAGUAUCUGUGGGAUUCAGCAAGUGGUGGGAGAGACAUUAUACGACUAUUGGGAGCGAUUCAAGAAAUUAUGUUCAAGUUGUCCUCAACACCAAAUCAGUGAGCAGCUACUAGUCCAAUACUUCUAUGAGGGUUUGCUACCUAUGGACAGAAGUAUGAUAGAUGCAGCAGCUGGAGGAGCUUUAGUGAACAAGACUCCAGAACAAGCUAGGGAGCUUAUUUCAAACAUGGCAGAAAAUUCACAACAAUUUGGAAGUAGAGCUUUGACAACAAGAGGGGUUGCAGAGGUUCAAAUGGUUUCCAAUGAACAAAAAGAGAUAAGAAGCUCAUUAUUGGAGUUAACAUCUUUGGUAAAGCAAUUGGCACUAAAUAAUGCUAAUCAAGCUUCCAUUUUGCCAAGUACACAUUUUCCAUAUCAAUCGAAGGGAGUUUGUGGCAUUUGUUCAAGCCAAGACCACAAUUCAGAAUUGUGCCCAAAUCUUCAUCAAGAUGAGUCAGUAGCAGCAUUUUCUAGAGCUCAAUUUUCUCAAAAAUAUGACCCCCAUUCUUCUACUUAUAAUCCUGGUUGGAGAGAUCAUCCCAAUUUCAAGUAUAGAAAUUCAUUUUAUCAGCAACCAACUUCGAAUCAGAAUUUCCAGCAUUCUUACCAACCUGCAAAUCAAUUCUAGCAGCAGAAUCAGAAUUUCCAGCAACCUCAGCAAAGUUUCCAGCAGCAAAAUCAGCCUUUCCAGCAAUAUUAUCAACCUGCAAAUCAAUUCCAGCAGCAAUUUCAGCCUUUUCAGCAGUUUCCAAAUCAAAAUCAGCAAUGGCAAGUCCAAAAUCAGGAAGUUCAGCAGGGGCAAAAUGCAAUCCAGAAUGCACUUCCAGCACCUUCAAGGUUAAGUUUGACUCAAGGAAGUUCUAAUAACUCUUCUAAUUCCGAUUCACAACAGAAGAUGGAUGAAUUGCUGCAACAAAUUUUGCAGCAACAGCAAUUAUUUUUACAGCAGCAGCAAUAUCAACAAAGGACAGAUUCAGCUUUGCAAAAUCUUGAAAAACAGAUUAGCCAACUAGCAACGAACUUAAAUCAAAUGCAAGCUCAAGGUUCAAGCAAACUACCUUCUUAAACAAUGCCAAACCCAAAGAAUGUGAGUUCGUUGACUCUUCGAAGUGGAAGAACCAUAACCGAACCAAUGAAGAAUAUUCCAAUUGGAUCAAAUUUUGUUGCACCAGUACCGGAUCCACCAGAUCUUGUACCAGGAAAUUUGGAUUUAGAAUCCACUCAAGCAGUACAGAACAGUGGAAGAAAUACAGCAGAAUAGAUUUUAACAAAUUUUGGUUUAGCAGAACAAGAUGAUUCACAAUCAGCUCCAAUUUCAGCUCAAAAUGUAGAGAAAGAAUCACAACAGCAAGGUACUGAGAUUUCUGCUUCAUUACCUUUUCCUCAAAGAAGAAUCCAGCAAAAGAAGCAUGUUGAGGAAGAGAAAGCUAGGGAAUUUCAAGAACUUGUCAAUUUGUUUAGCAAAGUGGAGGUGAAUGUGCCCUUGUUAACCAUGAUAGAGCAAGUUCCGAAAUAUGCAAAAUUUCUCAAGGAUGUAUGUGUGCAUAAGAAGAAAUUAAAGGGAAAUGAAUUAGUUAGCAUGGGAAAAAAUGUUUCUGCUCUUAUUCGACCUAUUCCUCAGAAGUGUGAUGAUCCAGGAGUUUUCACUGUGCCAUGUACUAUUGGAAAUUAUGUAUUUAAGGAUGCUAUGCUGGAUUUAGGAGCUUCUAUUAAUGUAAUGCCGAAAUCAGUUUUUCUAUCAUUGGGUAUUGGUCCUCUACAGCCUACGGGAGUUGUUAUUCAGUUAGCCAACCGUAGUCAGGAUCAUCCAACUGGAGUGAUUGAGAAUGUUUUGGUUAAAGUGAGUGACCUUAUUUUUCCAGCUGAUUUCUACAUUUUGGAUAUGGAAGGCGAUGUAUUAAUGAAUAGAGCUCCAAUUAUUUUGGGAAGACCGUUCCUUAAGACUGCUAGAACUAAGAUUGAUGUGCAUGCUGGAACUUUAUCUAUGGAGAUUGCUGAUGUAGUUGUUCAAUUUAGCAUUUUUGAUACGAUGCAACAAAAGAAGAAUCAUUCUAUUUUCAGUGUUUAUAAAUCCGAAUGGCUGGAUACUAUGAAUUUUAUUGAUGCGGAUUAUGAUGAAAUUGUUUCAGGCUCUAAUGAAUUGGGUUGUGAAUCUAAACUUUCUGGAGGUUGUAUUGAUAACAGGGAAGUAAUUGAGAUAACACCUAAUUGUGGUCAAACUACUGUGGAUGAAUCUAUAAGUGUAGGGGAUUGCAAGGAAUCAAUACCCCAAGAAUCACCUAAAUUGGAUGUAAGUGAAAAGAGUGUAGGGACUUGUGCUAUGGAGCCAAGCACCCAAGAAUCACUACCAAUUAUUGUACCUUCAUCAGAACUAGAUAUUGAAUCACAGGAAAUUUCAAAGGACAUUGCAGAGGAAGUUGUGGAGCCAGUGAGACAACCAAAGGAACUAACUAACCCAUUGAACACUUUUUGUGUUAGCAAUAUUUUUUCUAAUGGUGUUAUUGAGAUGCAGGAGGUGUCUACUGGUCAACCCUUCAAGGUGUAUAGCAACCAACUUAAGAAAUUCCUUCGAGGGAGGAAAUGAUGCAGAGUGGACAAGGUGGACAAUAAUGAUGCAAUUCACCAAAAUCAAAGGGGAGUUCGUUCCAACUUAGCUUUUAUUUUUGCUUUCACAAAUAAUAAGUCUUUGCUUUCAUAACUUAGUUUUUAGUUCGUUUCUUUUAGCUUGCUUAGUUGCUUAAUAAAUUCUUUGUUUUCAAAUAAUAAGUUUAGUAUAUGGGAAUAAAUUCUUUACUGUUAUAAUUUUCCUAUAGAAUAAAGUUUGAAUUUGGAAAAAAAAUGGUACCCCCUUUGCAAGUUUUCUAUAACAUAUUAGGAAUAGAGAAUGUGAGCUAGAUUUGAAAAUCUAUUUUGGAGCUUAAUGUCAAUAAUGGACUUUUAAUUUUCUUAAGGUUUCUACUUAAUGAUGGACACUUGAUUGGUAAAUUGGAUUGAUACAUUUUCAUGCCUAGUGAGGAUAAGCCUUAAUUGAGUGAUGCACUUGUGUUAUUGCACUCUAGAACUUGCUUUGAUUCUUUCAACACUAUAAUUCAAUGGAUUGAAUCAUAUUUGUGAAGAGUAAAUCAAUUUGCUUUAAUAUUCUUCCACACAAUAUCUUGCUUAUCUACUUGUUAAUCAUCAUAUCAUUUCAUUUCCUCUUAUUUCUUAAUCUUUUGGAUAUGGAUACAUGGUUUGUUAUAUGAUGAUAUUUUGGCCUAGGAGGAUUAAGUUGAAGUGUGGGAGAAAGAGUGAGAAUUAAAUUUUGUUUUGAAGUAAUGGGAUGCAUGAAAAAGAUUGGAGUGAUUCAAGAUUGGGAAGAGCAAUUGUUAAAAGGUUGUUUAUAUUAAGGAUUUCUUGUGCCAAUUGAUAAUUCUGUUUUUGGAUAGCAAGGUUUUAAGUCCAAUGCUCGUAAUAUUGAAAUGCUAAAUAGAAUCAUUCCUUGAUUUUAUUCAUGUAUGGAGCAAGCUUAGAUAGUCUUGAAUUAUGGAAAUUGUUACUAAGGUGAUACACUCAAGCUAUUCAAAGACAUGUUGAAGAAGAUUUUGAAAUGCUGGAAUCAGUGAGUAGGGACUGUUAGAAAGGUAUUGAUAUGGAUGAUCUUUCUAAGGAAGUAUUAAGCAAGUUUGGUGGUAAAAUCUGUUUCUGUAACAGAGAUCAAGAAACUGAAAUCUGUGGUUGCUGAAAACUUGAUUUGCUGAUUUCUGAAAUUUCAAAUCCAGGGAAUACAGAAUUUGUUAAGCAGAACUGAAAUCUUUGUUCUUCUGGAAUUUAAGUUUAAAAAAAUGCUUAAUCAGAUUUAUAAAACUAUGGCUUGUGCAAUACCUUGAACCCUUCUGAUUAAUGAAGAGCAAAUGCAGAUACCAGCACUAAUACAGAAUGUUACUGCAGAGUGACGGCAAAACUGAAUUUGUGACUGAAAUAAGGAUGAAAAUAUGUAGGAAUGAUGCUGAGAUUUGAUUGUGUAUCAUGUUUGUAUCAAGAUUUAAGUGUAGCAGUUUGAUCAGAGAAUGGACCAAGUUAAGUUCUUUUGAGUGCAAAAGCAAAUGGUAUCUGAGCUUUUCUAUGAUUUCUACAAGCUUUAUCUUUUGAUGGUAAGGAAUUUGAAUGGCUGGAAUAAGGAACAAGUAUAAAAAAAAAAGAAAUUCUGAGUUGUGAAUUGUUGAAAUUGAAGCAGGGGAACUGUGAAUCUGUGGGGUUUUAAAUACAAAGUGAAAUCAACUUUUUCUAAUCAAGAAUCUGAAGUUAAAUACACAGCGUUGAUACAAAGCAUCAACAAAGGAACCUGCAGAAUGAAAGUUGCAAGUGUUCAGAAAUUACAAAAUUGAAUUGCAGUGCUAGAACUAGUAUUGUGAGUUGCAGAAACUCUGAUUCUGUGAUCAAGAGAGAAUGUUCAGUUUGGAAUGAAAACAUUUGAUCAAAGUCUCAAUUAGAUAGCUUUAUUUGUGGAGAAUGUAACUGAGAAGAUCCAAUGAGAUUGAAGCUUCUUGGCUUUAAUCCUUGAGGAAAUUAGAAGCUGAAAUGAUACUGCACAGUGAUGUUUCAGAGGGUGUUGUUUUGCUGGAAACUGAGCUAUAGAGAUGAAUUGUUUUCAUGAGGCAUUCAAGUGCAGAAGAUUUGAAUUGCUGGUCUUUUGUGGAUUUUUGAACAUCAAUUUUACAUAUGUUCUGAUUGUUAUGGGUAAAAAUUUGAAAUUUAAUUGAUAAGUAUUAGUUCAUUCAAGAAGAAUUCAAGAUCAUAUCACAAGCUUUGUAAACAAAUUAUGGACAAGACAGACGUGUAGAAAUUCUUAGAUUCUGAAAUGCUAGGAACAGUCUAAAUGUCCAAAGACUGUGUUCAGUUGCUUUACUUACACUCAUGAAGUGCUUGAAGAUAGAGUUAUCUAAUCUGAAAAGAAGGCAGGGAAGGAUAGUAUUUGGUACACAAACAGUGUGCUAGCUGAAAACAGAAUUAAGCAUUUCUGCAUUUUGGAGAUUGACAUCUGAUUUCAAGUCAAAUUCAGUUUGUGCCAAAGUUUGCUAAGUUUUGCUGAUUCAAUCCGAGACGUAUUGAAGUUUAAGUGUGGGGGAAGUGUGUAAUGUUUUGCAAGUUUUGGAUUCUCUACAGACUGAUUUGUACCAAGUUCAAGUUGGAAAUCAGAAAUGUUGAACAGAAAAUUUCAGGAAGCUGAAUUUCAGUCUAACAACAGCAGCCAGGGGAAUGAAACUGGAAACAGGAAUUAGUGCUGUAAUUUUGAACAAAAAGGAAAAAAAUUCAAGGAAGGGAAGUUAAAAGCUUUGAAUUGAAGAUGUUUCAUGAGCUGUAAGUUGAAAAAGAUAAUUGGGAAGGCAUGGACAGUGAAUGUUGAGAUUAAACAGCUGGUACACAGAAUGGGUUUUGAAUCUGUAAGUGCAGUCUUGUGCCAAGAAUUUGAAAAGCUUAGAAUUGAAUUGAAGUGAAGAUGGUAUAUUUUAACAGAGAGUUAAUGACAUGGUUUCUUAGAUUUAUACUUAAGGAAACAAGAACUCAGAUUUUCAGGAAAAAAAUCAGCAUACAUUGAACUCAAACAGAAUUGAUACAAUUGUAGUUCAGAAAGGAAGAAAAGAGAAAUAAGGAAGUGUGGCAGGAUUUCAUUAGAUAACAUUUUUAUGUAUCUAUAUCUUCCACAAAAAUUAGUUGCUAAUUCUUUCUUCCUUGUCUUUCUUGAGAAAUUUUCUUUAUUAUAUUUGAUUCAUAUUCUUAUAU